AUGGCGUCGUCGUCUUCAGAGACCGUCUCCCAGUCGGUGGUCAUGGACCGCAAGCUUAUUGCCGGUCUCAUCCAGCGGCUUUCAUCAUGGCUCCCUAUCAACAACCCGGCAUCGUCGCUCUCGCUUGACUUUCAGGAUGCUAUGCAGCUGCAGAACGUGGAGGCGCUGGUCAAUCUCUCCGAGUACCGUAUCCAGCAUGUGGUCAAUGGCCUCAUCUCGCUGCUGGAGCAGAACAAGCUCGCGCCGUCCGACGUGGGCUCGACUGACUCUAUUCGCCACGCUCACUCGCAGCUGCACAUCUGGAGGGUACUGGGCAAGUGCAUGGCGUAUGCGUGGCAGCAGCAUAUCGACUCGCAGCCCAUCGACCCCGAGCUCGAGGCCAUGGGCAUGCCCAAGCCGGUCGUCGACCCGCCGCCGCUCGACAACGAGCUGGCUGAGCACGUCCUCCUCCUCACUGCCGGCACCAUCCUCACGCCGCACCCUCUCCUCAACGACGAGCUCACCGCCGAGGCUGGUAACGUCCUCUUCCACCUCUCAGCAUCCAACUUUGACGUCGUCUUUGCGCAGAUCAAGCUCAAGAUCAAGAACCUGCUCGUCCAGCAGUCGGAAGAGGAUCCAGCAACCUCGGAGCUCCUGCUCAUUCAGCACAUCAACUUUAACGCCGAGCGCCUCGCUGACCUCGUCCAGGAGCUCUCGCGAUCGCUCUCGUCGUUCAAGAAGAACUCAACCCAGAUCGUGGCCACCUCGCUCCGAGUCGCCAUCUGGAACUGGAUCAACCAAUACCCGCUCGAGUUUGUGCUCCUCUGCCAGAGCGGCCACCGCAUGCGCGGCAACCCGGACGUCCUCUUCGACAUCUUCUACGCUCUUGCCGACAACACUAAGCGCAAGGUCGCUUACUGGCCGCUCAUGACCAUGCUCCUUGUCCUCUGCCCCGACCACUUUCUCAAGGCCGUCUCACCGCAAGAAAAGGCCGGCAAGCCGACCAACAAGCACCAGUUCCUCAAGGCGCUCGAAAAGGGCCUGCAGAACCCCAAGCUGACCGACGCCUGUGCCAUUUCGUACGUCGAUAUCUGCAAGGCCUCGACCUAUGUCCGCAAGACCGACUUUUCGCCGCUCCGCUACCAGGUGCCCGCCAUCGAGCGCGCCCUCCGCCAAAAGCUGUUCGACCCCAAGCGGAUGGCGACCUCGACCGAGCUGGCGCCCGAGGAGAUGGCCCUUAUGGUCGACUGCCUCACCUCGCUCUAUCUCCUCAACCCCUCGUCGGUCCUCGAGGGCAUUUUCCAGCAGAUGCUCAACUUCCAGUCGCCGCCCAUCUUCCGCCUCGUCCUCAUCCGUGCUCUCCGCGAGAUUGUCAAGGGCGGCGCAAAGCUUCCGUGGAACCCCACUAUUGAGCUUGCAUACCCGUCCAUCUCCUCGCAGCUCCGCUCGCUUCUCAAAGAGCAGCUUGCCUACGACCGCGCGCCCACCAUCGAGGCCUCGUCCAAAAAGUCCAAAGCCCAGCUCGCCGAAGUCGCCCUCAACAUCGAGAUCCUCUGCUCGCUCAUCGCCCUCUUUGAGGAGGACCCCAUGCUCGGCUUUUACAACACCUCGGAAGACCCGUCCAUCCACCGCUCCGACUCGCGCAUGCUCCUCACCGGCCUCUGCUCCGGCCUCAACCCGCGCGAACUCGAGCGCGUCAUGCACCGCGCCGUUGCUGUCAUCUCCAAGUUCCACAAGCCCGACAUCAUCGCCGCCUGGUGUCCGCCCGAGAUGCUCUCGGCCUUUUGGGAGAUCUCGUCCGCCGUCUCGUCCUCAAUCGCCUCACUCAUCAUCCAACAGCGCGACAUCUCGGACCUGGCCGCCAAGCGCCACAUUAAGCUCCUCAUGCACCUCCUCUACGAGUGCCUCGAGUCAUCCAACGACUUUCUCGCCUCCGACUAUGUCAAGGACCUCGACACGCUCUGCACCGUCGCCAUGUACAAGCCGCGCGCCCGCUCCUCCAUCAAGAUUGAGCACGCGCUGCUCAUCUGCCUCUGCUCUGGUGAGCCCGAGAUCUGUUCGCAAGCCGCACGCUGCUUUGGCCUCAUCUGCGGCCAGGCCUCGCUCCUCUUGGAGUCGUCGGUCGACCAGUUUGACGCAGACUCGCCCAUGCGCAAGACCCCGCUCGCAAACUUCUCUGUCUACCGCUUCAUGCAAGCCCUCGGCAACAAGGUCAUGGGCCGCGAGCACCAGCAGAAGGAAAUCCGCAAGCUCAUUCGUCAGACCAAGGCUCAGACGCCAGGCUCCAUCGCCGCUUGGCGGUCUGUCAACGACCGCUGGACCGAGAACACUCCGCUCAUUCUCGAGCUCGACACCAAGACCAACGACCCAUCCAAGCUCGCAAAGUCGUCGGCGGCCCAGGCAAAGCGCAAGGGUCGCUUCAAGGCUCUGGUCGGCUCGACUGGCUCUGAGCUCGCCUCGCUCACCACCCGUGAAAUCGAGGACCUUCGCGCAGAGUGGAUGAACUACGCAGGCUUCCUGUGCGCCCUGGGUGGCGUCAUGGUCGACGCCUCGGAGGAGGCCGUCGUCGACGAGUUUAUCUCGCAGAUUCUCGAGCUCGUCAUGUGCGACGCCCAGUACCUCCGCGAGUCUAUCCUCAAGAUUGCCGCUGCCUCGCUCUCGCCCACCAUGUACGCCCCGCUCUUCCGCACCAUGCACGAGACCAUGGACUCGUUCCUCAAGGGCACCUCUGCAAAGUCUAUUGUCGUCACCGACACCUCGCGCCUCUUUGUCGAGCAGGCCAUCUCUAUGCUCAAGAUCAUUCUCUCCGAACACCAAGAGUCGUCCGACGAGCUCGCCAUCGCAGACUUUGAAACGCUCCUCCUCUCGUUUGCCCGCUACAUCUCGGCUCUCCAGGACAACGUCGACACGGCGCGGACAAAGGUCAAGACCUGCCAGCUCAUCGAGACCACCAUGGCCAACCGCGAGUACCUCACCUUCCGCAACGAGGUCAACUUCCGCAACCGCCUCGUCGAGAAGAUCAUCGGCUGGACCUCCGACUUUGGCGACAAGAAGAACCGCGCUACGCUCGACCCGGCCGAGGUCAUGAAGGUUGACAUCCACACCAUGCGCGCCAUCGCCUCGCUCCUCCACAACCUUCCGCUCCAGACCGAUGCCAACGACGCGUCGUCCAAGGACAAGUCUGCCCUCUUCCUGCAGUACUUUACCUUCUUCACCCAGCUCCUCAACCGCUGCCGUCGCGACGAGCGCCAGUCGGCAAAGUACUCGGAGCUCGCCGGCCUCGCCAUUCGCGCCCUCUCCAACCUCCUCACCGCCAACAUCGACUCGGGCCUCGAGUACUUUAUCUCGCAGGGCUACUCGCAGGAUCCGGAGACCCGAACGGCCUUUAUCAAGGUUCUCACCAACAUUCUCCGCCAGGGCGCCGAGUUUGAAUCGCUCGCCGAGUCGUCGCUCAACGAGCGCUACGCCAAGCUCAUGGCCCUCCUCAUGCAGCGCGACAUGGUUGUCACUCACGCCCUCAUCGAGUCGGUUCAGAUCACCGAGGCCGACAUGAUCUCAUCCGUCCUCAUCCGCCUCUUCUCCGCCGCCGGCAAGCACAUGCAGCUUCUUGAGUACAUCAUCCGUAAGGAGGUGACCUCUACCUUUGCCGAGUCGACCCUCUUCCGCCGCAACUCGAUGGCCACCAAGCUCCUCACUGCGUUUACCAAGUACGUCGGCAAGUCGUGGCUCCAAGACAUGCUCCGCGAGCCCAUCAAGGCCAUGCUCGAGAUGAACCCGCAGCGGUUCGAGGUCGACCCCGACAAGGUCAUGCCCAACGACGACGUCGACGCCAACCGCGACCGUCUCAUGACCGCAGCCACCGUCAUUGUCGAUGCCAUCUUUGCCAAGUACGCACAGUGCCCUGUCUCCAUCCACUCGGUCGCACACAUGCUCGCUUCCAUCAUCGUCGAGAAGUUUCCCAAGGCCGGCCCGACUGCCAUCGCCGGCUUUAUCUUCCUCCGCUUCAUCUGCCCGGCCAUUGUUGCACCCGACGGCUUUGGCCUUGUCCCUGACGCCAUCACCUCGCGCGACACCCGCCGCGGCCUCAUCAUUGUCACCAAGAUUGUGCAGAACCUGGCUAAUCGCGUCCGUUUCGGCACCAAGGAGCGCUUCAUGGACAUGGCUAACCAGUUUAUCGACGACCGCUCCGAGUCGAUGCUCGCUGUCCUCUCGCACUUUGCCGGCCCGCCCGACGCCGCCGAGCUUGCAGCCGACGAGGAGCCUGACGAUGGCGGUGAGGCCGGCGCCAAGGAUGACGACGACGACGAUCAGGAGGCCUCGUUCAUCACCGACGAGCUCUUCCCCGACGUCGUCGCCCUCCAUCACCUCAUCUACGACAACCUUGAGAAGAUGGGCCAGAUGAUUUCCAAGGAAAUUCGCUCCCGCAACGAGCUUGCCGACGAGCAGCGCCGCCGCGAGGGCAACGUCUACGGCGAGGACGGCUCCAUCAUCGGCACUUCGCCGGCCUCGGGCUCGCCGCCGCCGGCCUCCACCGCCGACGCUCCAUCCGCCCCUGACGUUCCGGGCAACAUCAACCCGGCUGCUGCAGAGGCCGCUGCCUCGGACCCGAUCUCCGCCACCAACCUCAUCCAGAAGCAGCUCGUCGCCCAGGGCAUCGACGCCGAGACUGCCGCCAAGGCCGCCAAAGCGCGCGUUGAUCAGCUCGUCUCGGUCCACCGCGCCAACCUCGCUGCUGCCGAGGCUGCUGCCGCCGACGCUGCCGCCAAGUCGGACGAAGCCCCGGCCGGUGACGAAGUUGACGCCGCCGCCGCCGAUGGCUCGGCUCCGUCCGGUGCCGCCGCCGCCGCCAAAAAGCCUUUCGUCCAGCUCACCAUUCUCAUGGCGCAGCUUGGCCCGCCACCAGAGAUCAAGGAGAAGACGGACGGCGAGGCCUCUGGUCCCGGCAGCGUCACCUCGUCCAACUCGGCAUACGAGGUGUUCAUGCGGCAGAACGCUGGUAUCGAGAGCUCCGAGGAGCUCGAGGCGCUCAUGUACCAGGCCGGCAAAUCGCUGGCGGGCUUCCCGGUCCUCUACGUCAUUGCCCGGAAUCUCAAGCCGUCGAUGGACAAGGUCAAGGUCCAGUACCACAUCCUCAAGACGCUCCAGCCGGUUUUGCACACACAGUUUGACAUUGUCAUCGACCUCGCGUACUCGGGCCCGGAGAACGAGGUUGAGUUUUCGCUCAUCUCGCGCUUUGUCCGCCUCCUUCCGGUCGAGCUGCAGACUGCCGUCAACGACAUCUGCAUCCUCUACCCCAACUCGUGGGCAAAGAAGUUCCUCAAGCGCGUCGGGCGCGUCGUCUCGGGCCGUAUCUCGCGCAAGAUCAAGUUCUGCGCCUCGGUCCACCACCUCCAUGCUUACGUGGCGCCGGUGGAGAUCAAGCUUCCCGAGACCACGCUCGCCAUCGAGAACGAUGUCAAACUCACCUUUGAGCGGGUGACAAGGACCUCGCAGCACAAGCCGUGCAUCAUCCGAGUCCUCUCUGACGGCUUCCAGAUCCUGUCGACCAAGCAGUCGUCAAUCCUCCGCCACAAGUGCGCCAUCACCGACCUCUACCACAUCCGCCAGGUCGAGGACGUGUAUCGCAUCGGCUCGCGCGACGCGCACUCGUUCAACAUCAAGUACUACGACGCCGAGGGCACCAACAUUCUCCUCCUCCGCUCGCACCAGGCUUCGCGCAUCAUCAAGACCCUCAAGGCGACCCAGGAGCAGUGGCGCUCGGCCAAACCCGAGGACUCGUCCACCGUCCGCAAGUUCCGCCCCGAAGACGUGCCGGGCACACUGCUCAACAUGGCGCUGCUCAACCUCGGCUCCGACGACUCGGCCCUCCGCCUGGCUUCCUACGACAUGCUCUACGCGCUCGCCGUCAAGUUCAACUUUCCCAUCCGCGACGCCCUCCUCCGCGCCGACGGCAUGUUCAUUCCGGUCAACACGGCGUGGUUUGUGACCUCGAUGUCGCGGACGCUGGCAAACAACGAAACCCGCCUCACCCUCGAGUUUAUCCGCGAAGUGCUCGAGUCGUUUGACAAGGAGAACCGCAAGCGCAAGCACCUCUCGCUGCAGUACCUCGCGCCGUGGCUUAACAACCUCGACGAGUACUUUCUGGCCUCGCCCGACCCGGACUCACUCGACCGAAAGUCGCGGGCCAAGGACCUCAUCAACACCCUUAUCGACCUCACCAUCCGCGAGGACGAGCUCUACCCGGCCGUCCAGCAGUACAUCUGGACCACCAUUGGCCAAGUCACGCCCGUCCUCCACGACGUCGUCGACAUCCUUAUCAUCCGCGCCUGCCGCGCAGGCCUCUCGUCCAAGCCUGCGGAGAUCAUCGCUGACACCACCGUCACCCUCGCCUCGCAGAACAAGGCCCUCGUCUCGGGCCGUGUCAUCGCUCAGCUUCGCAAGCUCCUCCGCGCCACCGCCAUGGUCCCGGUCACUCGCCUCGAGGACGGCCAGCUGUGGAACGAGAUCGCUACCCUCACCCGCAUUGUGCUCAUGCUCUCCUUCCACGACCGCAUCGACCUGCGGAACUUCCUCCCGGAAAUCUUCCACAUUGUCAUCUGCCUGGUCUCCACCGGCGAGUCCCUCUUCCGCAAGACCAUCCAUGGCAUUGUCAUCAACGUCGUCCAGUCGCUUUGCACCUCAGACCUCGUCACUGCCGAGCAGGCCGAGUCGCUCCGCUUCCGCCUUCGCGACUUUUCCGAGGCCCGUCACCAGCUCCUCUUUGGCGUCUCGGGCUCCAAGUCGAUCGAGUCCAUUCCGGUCCAGUCGCUCGAGGCCAUUGCCAUCGCCCUCCACGACGUCAUCACCUGCUGCCAGACCGGCGCUGUCAAUAGCUAUGGUCAGUUGUGGCACUCGCGUUGGCUCUCGCUGACCACAGAGACCGCGUUCCAGUUCAAUCCGGCGCUCCAACCGCGUGCCUGUGUCACCAUCGGCGUCCUUGCCACCCACGUCUCGGACUCGCUCAUCCGCGAGCUCAUCUCGAUGCUUCGCGUCAAGCUCCUUCAGUCGAUGCGGAUCACGGCCGUGCCGGGCAAUCUCGAGUCGUCGUUCGACAUGCCUAUCGCCAUCCUUCUCUGCCUCACCCGCCUCAUGACCAAGCUCCCGCCCACUUCGGUCUACUUUAACCUCAUGUUCUGGUUCGCCGUCUCCAUCCUCCAGAUCUCGGAAAUCGUGCUCUUCCCGGCUGCCUUGGGCCUCCUCGAAGUCGUCAUCAAGACCAUGGACGCCGUCGGCUGCUUCGACUCGUACCAGGUCAACGAGUACCUCAUGAUGGCCCGUCAGCCGCUCGAGGACAUUUGCGCCAAGCUGGACGAGGCAACCCAGUUCAACUUCCACACCGACUUUUCGUUUGCCAUUGUCGGCAACAUUCUCAAGGGUCUCAAGCACCCGUCGACCAAGGCCAUCACCGUCCGCGUCCUCACUACCUUCCUCGAUGUCGUUGGCAAGGGCACCCUCGACUCGUCUGUCCUCGGCUUCCUCGCUGCGCUCCUUCCCUCGCGCCGAAACAACACUGCCUUCCGCGAAAUGAUUGCCAACAACACCGACAACUCGUCGUCCAACGGCGACUCGUACUGGUCGUUCCUCUUCACCCCCGAGAUGCUGCCCGACCUCACCACCACCGUCCUCUUCCUCUCCAUCCUCGUCACCAUCCUUGACAAUGCAGAGUACGAGGCCGAGCAGCUGUUCAUCUUCCGCCUCCUCGAGGAGGCUGUCCUCGCCGUCCCAAGGUCUUCCCGGUCACCUACUCGUCCGGCCUCAUCCGCCGCAUGUCGGCCUCGCUCGCCACCUCGCAGGACCGCAACAUCAUCAACUCGGUCCAGAACAUCAUGCACUCGAUGGCCAAGGUCGGCGCCGAGUCAGACCCCAACCACCCCACCAAGAACCACCUCAAGUCGGUCGGCUGCGAGGGCCUCCUUCAUGCUGCUUCCAUCCGCAACACUCCUUCGCAGAAGAUGGUCAUGUCCGCCAAGUACUGUGCCCUCCUCAUGGACGAGAUGACCGACCGCCGGUAAAAGCAACAAACUCGGUACA